AUGGCGGCACACGCCGAACCGGAGGAGCAGAGUGCCCCGGGUGAUCGGGUGCUAAGCUUCUACCGGAACUCCACCGUUCUGCUGACCGGUGGGACCGGCUUCCUUGGAAAGGUGCUGCUCGAAAAGAUCCUACGCUGUCUGGGCGUACGGAAGGUGUUCCUGCUGAUCCGCUCGAAGGACAACCGGAAGCCGGCCGAGCGACUACAACGGCUGCUCGAGGACGCGGUUUUCGACAGGUUACGGGAGGGAACGACGUCGGAGCAACUGUUGGAGCGACUGGAAGCGGUCGAGAUUUCACUGGACGCCGACCGACUCGGGAUGGAAGCGACGGCCGAGGCACGACUCCUGACCGAAACGGAGCUCGUCUUCAACGUGCUGGCGUCGGUGAAGUUUAACGAGAGUGUCAAAAACGCCAUCGCCACCAACGUCGGCGGUACGCAGAAGGUGCUGGCGUUGGCCCGCCGAAUGUCUCGGCUGAAGGCCAUAGUCCACGUGUCCACCCUGUACUCGCACUGCGAUCGGACCACGAUCGAAGAGCGAGUCCAUCAGGACGGGCAGCUUAAUCCGGCGACCGUUCUGCAGCUUUCCAGCACUCUGUCCGCGGAAGAAAUGGACCAGCUACGGCACUGCCUGGUGGGGCACCUCCCGAACACCUACACGUUCAGCAAGCGUUGUGCCGAGGCGCUGAUUGCCCAGGAGUUUUCCGACCUGCCCGUCGGUAUCUUCCGGCCACCGAUCGUGCUCUCCACGUACCGAGAACCGAUCGCCGGAUGGACCGACAACCUGAACGGACCCUCCGGGCUGUGUCUGUGGACGGUGAAGGGCUUCAUCCACGUGAUUCACGGCAAUGGCCGCCGGAAGGCCAACCUGGUACCGGUGGACUGCUGCGUCAACGCGAUGAUUGUUGCCGGCUAUGACGUGGCCGAGCGAUCGAUGGUGGCCAGUCGGAACGGAGGCGUGGAACCAGCGCACGCUGGGUCCACCUGUGACCGGGACCAGCUGACGGUUCCUACCGUGUACAACUACGUGUACGACAAGCCAAAUCUCACCUGGGGCCGCUACAUGAGCCAGGCGUCGCUCGGGUUCGAUGGACUGCUGCAUCGGCUGUGGUGGUAA